AGUAAUCGUUCCGGACAUAGGUAACUUUCGGCGUUUAAGGGGAAAGAUCUUUUUUUUUAUUUACAUAGCAAGCUGAAAUCAUUACGAUAUUUACAUUUUUAUUUUUUGAUAGCUAUAAAAAUUAUAGUUGGUCUGUAAAAUAAACAAAUGAUAGUAACACCUUCCCUCUCCGAGUUAAACAUGGCGGCGUCCUUGACUGGCACAGCGAACGUGAGGCUGCUGAGAUCCUUUGCUUGGUCCAGCUUGUUGAGCGGCCCAAUAGGAAGCAGAAGCCUCCAUGUAACAGCUGUAUGCUGCAAGAAUCGAGCUGCUCGUAUUCGUGUGGGAAAAGGAGAAAAACCGCUGACCUAUGAGCAAGCAUAUCAUCCUCACCACAUCGCACACCGUAAAGGAUGGCUCUCCCAGCACACCAGUAACCUCAAAGGAGAAGAUGGCGCGGCCGAGCGUACUAUAGAGGACGUCUUCAUCCGGAGGUUCAUGUUCGGGACCUUUCACGGCUGCCUGGCAGACGAGAUUGUGAUCAAAAGACGUGGCAACUUGCUCAUCGUGUGUGCCCUCAUGCUGCAGAAGCUGCCUCCACAGAAGUUCUAUUUUCUAAUUGGAUACUCAGAGGUGCUGCUGUCACACUUCUACAAAUGUCCCGUCAAGUUAGAGAUACAGACGCUGCAGGACAAACAUGUGUACAAGUACAUCUAAUGGAGAUGCAUGUUAAUGUUUAUAUUACAUCUAACACAUUUCAGCUGCAGUGAAUUCCUUCAUUUCUGAGAAGUCUGUUUAGUGAAGAAUUCUUUUUGUAUUUAAAAACGCAGUUUGGCCCCUUGAGUAUAUUUGGUUUUCUCAAUUUUUUCUGUUAGGAAACAAAAGAUCGUCUAAUCAUGGAAAAUAAGUUGAUAAAAAGACUGCAAAGCACUAAUUAUUUUGUUAUCAGUUUAAAAUAAAUGUCCAUAUUGAGAUGAUGUUCAGUUGCAUUUUGUUACAGAGAAAUGUGCCAUUUGAGCCUUCAAAAGCUAUAAAUGUUACAAAUGUCAAUGUGACGUAAUAAAAUUCAGCUUAAAACAAAA